AUGAUUUCGAUUGUUCUCAUAUGUAUGAUGGUAAUUGCUAUUGUGGUCCAAAAAUGGCUCUUAAAUUAUUUAAAAAUUUGGAAAGUAUUAAAUAAAGUACCUGGACCAAAACAAUAUCCUCUUAUUGGCAUUGCUCCACUCAUGAUGGGUGUUCCUCCUGAAGACCGACUUGCUGUGUUCAACGAUUUGUGUUACCAAUUUAAAAAUGGUAUGUUUCUAAUAUGGUUCGGUACUCAACCAGUAAUCAAUAUUCGAAAACCUCAUCAGAUAGAACAAAUCCUAACAAGUACAACAAUAAUAAAAAAAUCAAGAUUUUAUAAUUUUGUAAAGCCAUGGCUAGGUGAAGGUUUGAUAACGACUACAGGCACAAGAUGGUUUAAUCACAGAAGACUCAUAACACCUGCAUUCCACUUUGGUGUACUCGGGGAGUAUUCCGCAGUAAUGAGAGAAAAUGUCCAAGCAUUGAUUGAACUUAUAGACAAGGAAUGUAACCGUAAUCCAAAAGCUCCCAUUAACAUUUUUGAUAUUAUUGGUAGAUACACUCUUGAUACAAUUUGUGAAACAGCUAUGGGUGUUAGUGUUAAUGCAAUCCAACAACCAGAUAACGAAUACUGCCAGGNCCUUGAAACUAUCUUUCAGAAAUACCAAUUAUUAAUCACUGGAUGCUUCUACAAUUUUUACCACUUUGAAACAAUAAUAAUGUACAAACAAAGAGAACGCACUAAAAGGAAAAUGCCUGAUAUCACAGAAGUUAGAGAAAAUGUUUAUGGAAAACAUGGACGAAAAGCAUUUUUAGAUAUAUUAUUAGAUGUAAGUGAAAAUGCUGACAGCCAAUUGUCUCUGAAGGAAUUGAGAGAAGAAGUUGAUACAUUCAUGUUUGCUGGUCAAGACUCAGUUGCUAUGGGUAUAUGUAAUACUCUGUUUGCCCUUGGCAAUGCUUUUGAAAUACAAGAAAAAGUUUACCAAGAAAUGAAAGAAGUAAUUGGUGAUUCUGAUGAAGUUGCAACAGCAAGUCAAUUAGGACAAUUAAAAUUCUUGGACCGUGUAAUAAAGGAAGCUCUUAGAAUAUAUCCAAGUGCUCCUUCAAUCGGUCGAUGCACUGAGCAUGAUAUUGUUAUUGAUGGUUAUUUAAUUCCAAAAAGUACAAUAAUUAGAAUGAACCUUUAUCAAGCGCACCAUGACCCUGAAAUUUGGCCAGAUCCUGAAACAUUCGAUCCUGACCGUUUUUUGCCAGAAAAUUCAAAGGGUCGACACAUAUACUCAUAUUUUCCUUUUAGUGCAGGACCAAGAAACUGCAUCGGGAAAAAAUUCGCGUAUUUGGAACUAAAAACUGUAUUAACAGCCAUUUUAAGAAAAUGGAAAGUUUCUAGUGUUUUAAAGCCAUCUGAAAUGAAAAUGGUGGCUAAUAUUACGUUACAACCAGCUAAUGGACGAAUAGAAUUGCUUUUAACACCUCGUGAUGAUCAGUAG